AUGUAUCCAGGUCGUGCCAAACCAACAUAUAACAACCAGCAAGCUCAACAGGCUCAAAGCCAAGUUGGAUAUCAAACUGGCUACUCGAAUGCUCAGCCUCAACAGCAGUAUUAUACGGCUCCUCAACAACAAAAUGUCAGUGGUUCGUCAAUGUCCUUCCAACACCAGUUCUACCCUCCUCCUAACCAAAGCCCGCCACAAUAUAACACUGGUCAGUACGCCAGACCUGCUGCCCCACCUCCAGGCCAACAGAAUUACAGAAAUGAUAUUCAACAGAAUCAUGCUUCAGGUACUGUGAAUGGUCCUUCUGGGUACCAACAGCCACAGGCUAUGUAUAAACCUCCUUCUCAGGUUCAGCACACUGGGCCAAACAACCAAGUUGCGUACCAAUACUCCCAGUGUACUGGUAGACGCAAAGCUCUAUUAAUUGGUAUUAAUUAUUUUGGUUCUGCGAACGAAUUGCGUGGUUGUAUCAAUGACUCCCAUAACAUGUUCAAUUUCUUGACUCAAAGGUAUGGUUACAAAGCCGAGGAUAUAGUUAUGCUAAAUGAUGAUACUACCGACCCUGUGAGAGUUCCUACGAAAGCCAAUAUGCUGAGGGCUAUGCAAUGGUUAGUUAAGGACGCAAGACCUAAUGAUGCAUUGUUUUUCCAUUAUUCUGGCCAUGGUGGACAAACGGAAGAUCUUGACGGUGAUGAAGAGGAUGGAAUGGAUGACGUUAUAUACCCUGUUGACUUCCAAAUGGCUGGUCAUAUUGUUGAUGAUGAUAUGCAUGCGAUCAUGGUUUCUCCUUUGCAGCCCGGUGUGAGAUUAACUGCAUUAUUUGAUUCGUGCCAUUCUGGUACAGUAUUAGAUUUGCCAUACACUUACUCGACAAAAGGUGUGAUAAAAGAACCUAACAUGUGGAAGGACGUUGGUUCUAGUGGUUUACAGGCUGCUAUGGCAUACGCUACUGGUAAUACAACCAGUUUGGUCAGUUCUUUAGGAAAUGUAUUCACCACCAUCACCAAGUCCAAUAAUAACGUCGACAGAGAAAGAGUUAAGCAAAUAAAAUUCUCGCCAGCUGAUGUCAUCAUGUUUAGUGGUUCAAAAGAUAAUCAAACGUCGGCUGAUGCUACUGAAAAUGGUCAAAACACUGGUGCAAUGUCCUGGGCUUUCUUAACAGUACUAUCAAAACAACCUCAACAGUCCUACUUAAGCUUAUUGCAAAAUAUGAGAGCCGAGUUAAGUAGCAAAUACACUCAAAAGCCCCAAUUAUCUUGUUCGCAUGAAAUCGAUACCAAUCUUCAGUUCCUACUAUGA